CCAUUUAAAAGAUUUUGGUGAGGGUCCAUUCGGUCAAGAAGGCCAAUUUUUGUUUAACCUCAUGGUUGGCAGUGAGCGGAGGGGGGGGGAGGGGGGGGCUGGCUAUCCUGAAGGGGCGGGACCGGGGCCUGGGUCAUUUCAAUGUCAGUUGUGAUGGGGCCGGGGUCAUGGUCCUGCCGCACCAACGAAGGCUCGUCCUGGGCCGAGGUGUCCAUAUCUUGCAACACUUGGACAUCCUCUUCUGUUGCCGGGGGCACAACCUCAACGUGUUGGCGGCCGUUCAAUGAUUUGUUGUUGUUGCAGCACCCUCUGUUAGUGAUGCUGAUGGUGGUACUGUGCCAACUGCGCUUGCAGGAGAAGUUGGAGUUGAUCAUCGCAAUUUGUAUGUUGAUGUGUAUGUUGUUGGAGUUGGCACGGCCCCUCCACGCAACUCGGAUGCAGAUGCGGUUCCGCUUGCAGUUGUUGUUGGCACUGUUGCUGCUUCUCAUGAUUUUGCUCGUGCAGGCAUCGUUGGUGCUGCAUCGGCAGAGGUUGUGGUUGCUGGUGUUGCGCCGGUGCUGACAGUUGUACGCAUUGUUGAGGUUGUAGGUGCGCGUGCAGGCAUUGUUGUUGUUGCACCAUUUGCAAUUGCGGCACUAACAUUUGUUGUUGUUGUUGUUGCACCGUUUGCAAUUAGGCCACAUGCAUUCAAGUUUGUUGUUGCUGGAGCUCAUAUUGCUGUUGUUGUGACAAGCAUUGCUGCUGCAGCCGGGUGUCUUGUUGUUGUUGCGUCAACAUUUGUGCUUCAAUUUGUUGGUGCUGCUGCUGCCGUGCCUGCAUCUCUUGAUCCAAUUUUUUCCGCAUUUGCAGUUGUGCCACGUGGGCUUGUUGUUGGUGAUGCUGUUGUCGUGCCUGCAUCUCUUGGUCGAGUUGUUGUUGUGCUUGUUGUGUUUGUUUAGGCGGUUGUUGUUCCAGCAUCGGUUGUGACUGCUGGUUUUGCUGAUGUUGCCACCGGACCAACAUCUGCGGUUGCUGGUGUGUUCGAAGUUGUGCAUCGUGUAGUUGCAUUUGCGAUUGUGCAGCGUUGCAGUGUCGUUGCGCCUCUUGCUGUUGCACUUGCUGCUGUAUUUGUGGUUGUGC